UUUGUUGGGGACGUUAAGUCGGUUUGGGGGGAGCCAAGGGAGGCUCGCCAGAUCGCAGCUCCUGGCUGGCCGGGGGGUGUCUUUUUUUCUGCUCUCCCCCCCCCCGCCCCCCCAGCUGGAUCAGGCCGCGAUGGAAGCGGUGUCCGCCUACAGCAUGGACAAGCAAUUCGCCCCCAACCCGGUCCGGAUCUUGGAGCCUGCAGACAACCCUCAGGCGCGCAAGAAUUUCAGCGUGAGUCACCUCUUGGAUCUGGAGGAAGCGGCCGUCGGCAUGAACGGGACGCCCCAGGACGCCGGCUCCGAGGCUCGGGAAGGCGGCAAGGGGGCUUUCGACCCCUCCGGGGGUAGCAGUGGCAGCGAAGGAGGAGGAGGAGGAGGAGGCGCGCUGCGGGAAGGGCAGAGCUUGAGUCCGACCCACUCCUCCUCUAAACGGAAGAAGAAACAACGGAGGAACCGAACCACAUUCAACAGCAGCCAACUUCAAGCUCUGGAGCGAGUCUUCGAAAGGACGCACUAUCCAGAUGCUUUCGUCCGAGAGGAGCUGGCCCGAAGGGUGAGCCUUAGUGAAGCCAGAGUCCAGGUCUGGUUUCAGAACCGAAGAGCAAAAUUUCGCCGGAACGAGAGAGCAAUGUUGGCCAACCGGUCAGUAUCGCUCCUCAAAUCCUACACUCAAGACACAGCCAUCGAACAGCCCGUCGCUCCCCGGCCCACCACGCUCAGCACCGACUAUCUAUCGUGGUCAAGCACCUCCCCCUACAGCAACACGAUGCCUUCAUACGGUUCCAGUGCCCCCAACACCCCCACGCCGGGGGUCAACAUGGCCAACAGUAUUGCCAGCUUGCGCCUUAAAGCCAAAGAGUUCAGCCUCCACCAGAACCAGGUACCUACCGUGAACUGACGUGACCGUCCUUCCUUGGUUGUCCACAGCAUCCCUGGCGAUCUCCACCAAUCAAGACAUUGGAGAUAUUCAUGGUCCAUCAGGGCUCAAAACUCUUCCUCUGCCCCCUAAUGUCUCCUUCUCUUGAAGACCAAAGGAGAGAGCUUCCACCAACUUGAGAAACUUCUUGAAGCUCCCUUGGGGAGGAGGCAGCCUCUUCAGGAUCUUGCUGGUGGACCAUGCUGGUGGACCAUGACUUCUUCAAGGAAGAGCAAAUGAUCCAGAAGAUGCGGCCAUCCAGAAAUGAAGACAUGGACCUCAGAGAGCUUUCAGGUUGAGUUGAAAGCCUAAAGAUCUAACUCUUCAAGAACACAGGCUUCAAGAACCCAAAUAUAAUCUGGUCACUGCAUGGUCUUUUCAACCCCGAUGAUCUCCUUGCCCUUCCUUGCCUGGAUAUGGUGACUUUGGGGCCACUUGGAUUUGGCAUGGAGCAGUUUUUAUUCCAAAUUGGCAUCUCUCCUGUACAUGUUAGUUUGUGCAUCUCUGCAGAAUGCACGCGUGUCUAGGAAAUUCGUGGCCCUGCUUGGCUUUCAAACGAUAACGGUGCUUGUUCUGAUUCACCGUGUUCCCCGAAUGAAUUCAGGGACUGGUUUGAAAGUGGGACAGCUGCUGAUCGCCCGCAGUCCUUGGACAAAACCAGCAAAGAGUUUGAUUGCACGGCUGUGAGUCCUUUAGAACGGCCGUUUUUGCAACUUAAGCCAGGUUGCAAAACAAACAUUUGUGGACGCUGCUUAAAUCAGAGGGUGGAUUUGCAACAGAGGUUGAAAAAAAGAGGGAAAAAAAAGACACUGAAUUUUAGUGGUGAAAGGUGGGCCGCUGAGGAGGGGUGGGGGGGGCGAUGUAGAAAAAAAAUGGGGCUGGGGGCUGCAAUUAAAUCAUUCCCCUUGCAAUAUCAGCUUUGCCUUCCCAUAACCCUUGCUCUGUUUUACUUCUCUCCGGCUUGGCUCAGCUGGGAGGGGGUGGGUGGAAGUUACAUAUGAAGGAGGAUUUUGCUGGGAUUACAUGUUGCCCCAAAUUUGGGGUGGUUGUCAUUCCGUUUUUGUCUUUGUGAGAAACACGUCGCAUUCCAGUAGGCUGGUUCAUCCGUUUCCAUUCCCUGGAAUUCCCAUAAGAUAGUCCUCAAUGUAUGGCCACCCGUUUGAUGACGGGGCUGAAAAAAAGGUGACUUGUGACUUUUCACACAGUUGUGGUGUCCGCAUGAUCAUGGGAUCAAAAUUCGGACACUUGGCGUGUGGUUUUUGACCGUCUCAGCAUCCCAGGAACAGGCGGUCUCCAUGUAUGACCUUUCCAGACAGAUUCAGACAAGCAACGGGGAAGGCAGAUUGAUUUAACAACUGCAUGAUUCACUUAACAACCAUGGCGAGGUAGGUCAUAAGAUUGGGAAUGACUCAUUGAACGGGCCCGUCACUUGAGGGCUUGAAGCUCCAGUCCCAAUUUUGGCCAUAGGUUAUUUCGAUCUCCCAGAAUCUCCCCAUGAAAGGAAUAGAGUCCAAUUUCCCUCAAUACCGCCCACCCCAAUCAAAGGAGUAUAUGGCCCCUGAUGACCCUGUUUCAAACAAGUUUUGCUCUGGAAAUUCCUUUCAGAAUAGAACUUGUAGUGGAAAACUCAACCCUUGGAACAAAUGGAGCAAUUGUUUCUUUUGCCCACCCAGUCCCUACAAAAAUAAAA